CGAAUGUUUAUUAGACUUCUUGUUAUUCUGUGACUUCUUGUUAUUUGUUUUGGGAUUCUGGGGCGUAAUCCUAGUUAUUGUGCUUGCACAUCCUGUUGUAAUAAGUAAUAAAGGGUGUGAUUUAUCCUAGUAAUAGAAAAAAGAAGAAUUAGUUUUUAUCGGUGUUUAUACUGUGGUGGUUAUUUUCUCAUACCCGGCUAUUACCCCUUGUGAGUUUGUUAUAAAGGGGGCCCAGUUUUACACCCAAAAUAAUUUAUAAAAUAAAUUAAUGCAAAGUUACUAAUGUGGGGCAACUGGGUCACGUUUAAAUCAGAUUAUGGGACAAAUCAAUAAAUUCGUGAUUAGAUUAAGUUAAAACGCAAAACUUUGUAAUGCACACAUGCACAAGAAUCGACUAAUAAAAUCGUCAAACAUGUACGGUUAUUUGGCAGUUUUUUGUGCUCUGUUGGCCCACUGUUCCGCUUCCAGAGUCCUAGAAUUAAGCGACAAAUUCUCCGAAAUUUACAAAGAGGGUGGCUUCUGGUUGGUCAAAUUCUACGCCCCGUGGUGUGGUCAUUGCAAAAGAUUGGAGCCGGUUUGGGCACAGGUUGCCCAAGCGUUGUAUAAAACCAACAUAAGAGUUGGUAGAGUGGACUGUACGAGGUUUCCAACAUUAGCCACCGAAUUUUCCGUAAAUGGCUUCCCCACUAUCAAGUUUAUUAAGCCAGGUGAAGAUUUUACAUUUCAUGGGGACAGAAGCAAAGACGAUAUUGUUAAUUUUGCCAUCAGAAUGGCUGGGCCACCUGUGCAAGAUGUGACGAGAUCAGAGAGUUUAACAAACUUGAAGCAAAUGAAUCAGUUGUUUUUCAUGUAUGUGGGGGACCAGGAGGGGCUGCUGUGGGAGGCCUACUACGAUGUUGCUAGUAAAUUGCAACCGCAUGGGUUUUUCUACGCCGCUAGCAAGGAAAUUGCGAAACAACAUGUUGAUGUUGAUGAAUUGCCGGCUGUUUUUGUGUAUAAGGAAAGUUUGCAUUACUUCUAUCCAAUUGAAUCAGGCCCAGUUGAUUUGAACGAAUCCGAGGAAGCACAACACUUGAAUUCUUCCAUGUAUAAAUGGAUAAACGAAGAGCGGUUUGAAACGUUCCCAAAAAUCACAAGAGGCAACAUAAACGAGAUUCUCCAAACGAAAAAGUACAUUGUCCUGGUUGUUGUUGAAGAAAAUAAAUUGCAACAAAUAAGUCAAGAGAUGUUGGAAUUUAGAGAUAUGGUCGAGUCCAUCAUACGGAAGAAAAGGGAUAAAUACCAUAAACAUUUUCAAUUUGGUUGGGUUGGUAACCCUGAAUUGGCAAACAGCAUAGCAAUGCAGGUCUUACCAUUGCCGCAUUUGUUGGUUUUAAAUUCAACCACAAACCACCAUCAUAUCCCUGAAGAUGAUCCAUCUCAGUUGACUGCAGAUGCUAUUGAUAUUUUCCUUGAAAGAAUAUACAAUCAAAGUGUACCAGCUUAUGGCGGAAAUAGUAUAACCGUUCGCCUCUAUAGAACAUACUUUGAGGCAAGAACAUCACUGGCUGACAUGUGGCGGGGAAAUCCUGUCUUGACAACAGUCCUUUUUGGUCUGCCUCUUGGCUUUCUCUCCUUGAUAUUGUACUCAAUUUGUUGUUCCGAUAUUUUGGACGCGGAUGAAGAUGAGGAAGAAGAAUUAUUACACGAGAAAAAAGAGUAAUUUAAAACUAAAGUACCUAAAACAUUCUAGUCCUGCUGGUGUGUUAAGUGUGUAGACAAGUUUGUUGUGAUUAAAUUAUUUUAUUGUUUUAUACGUAUUAAUAUAAUUUUACAGGUGUAAUUAAGAAAAAAUUAAAUGAAAGUUAAAAAUAAA